AUGGCUCGGAAAGUUGCCUUCUGUCUUGCAUGUAAGGCAUCAAAGACUCGUUGUGAAAUAGAUGUCACUAGACCCGGGGUUUCGUGCUCCAGGUGUCAGCGUCUAUCCAAACAAUGUGUCCUUGAAGCAGAGCUCCCCAGCAUUGCCUCUGCCACUACAUUCCCUACUGAAUCUACGGUGGGGCCUAUUCUGGACUUCCCCCAUGACUCUUCUGCUCUUCGGGUGCCUCUGGAGGCACAACAGGGAUGGGAGACUCCGAGAGAAAGCAGAAGUGAAAGGGAUCGCAAACGACAAGCCGAAGCAGCCUCCUCUUUCUCGGCACUUACGAAUCAAUCGACUUUACGGCCACUGCCAUCAGUUGAGGAUAGAUGGCUUCAUGGUAGAAUCAGCUCUCUUAUUAGUCGAGAGGCUGCCCAACAGGCAUUCUAUCACUUCGUCGAUAGUUUUACGCCGAAAUUUCCAGUAGUGAUAUUCCCAUCAGGUACAAACGUCCAUGACUUGAUGGAAAAGAAGCCGAUCGUGUUUCUUUCCAUCCUGAGUGUUGCCUCAGCAGGAUAUUGUUCCGUCGAAGCGCACAAAGCAUUAGUGUUGGAGUCAAAGCGGGCUCUCGCAGGACGCGCUAUUGUUCAAGGAGAAAAGUCACUCGAGCUUGUUCAAGCAUUACAGAUUGCUUCACUUUGGUACAGAUCGCCAGGAGAUUUUAAGCAGGUUAACUUUGAUCAAUUGGCAAGUAUUAUGCUCACAAUGGCUGCCGAACUAGAGCUAGAAUGCGCCGAUGUUUCGCGGUCUGUACAAAAUGAGGAAGUUUGGGAGCAUGCUGAAAUACAGCGGGCAUGUCUCUCCUGUUUCAUCAUAUCAGAGAGCAUUUCAUUAAUUCUACGACGACCGAAAGUAAUAGUCUGGUCCAAGAAUAUGGACGUGUGUCUAACAGACUUGGAGAAGAACAAAGUCUCGGCCUCUGAUGCUUUUCUUUGCGAGCUUGUCAGAACAGAACUAAGCUGCCACCUGGUAGAUCAACAACUGUUCCUCAGCAGGCGCCACCGAUCAGCACCCACACAUGGCAUUGUAACGGCUGGGAACUUGCAGUCAAACAUAGACAACAGCGAGAUUCGUAUUUUCAAUCAGCCGCAACAAGCACUCAUUGAAUUUGGUCGAUUUGCCUCGUCACUUUAUGCACUUGAGCCUGCAAUGCACGUCAAACACAAUGUGGACGAGUUUGCUGCUCCGUUCUCAUCAAGAUCUCUACAAACUUGCAAUUUUAUGCACCGUCAAUUCAGUACCGCCGAGCACCUCCAGCUUCGCGAAAUUAUAACCGCUUCCUCUGGAAUGCUCAAUAGCUUUCUGGGACUAUCCGUGGCUGAUAUAUUGACACUUCCGUCCUAUAUCUACGGAGGUCGAGUUAUUUACUCGCUCAUCAUUCUGUGUAAGCUAUUCAAAGCUAUUGGAACUUCGACGAUCGACACGUCUAAAUCCCUACUCCUGGACAAUAUUCACUUGGAUGAGUACUUGGAUCGACUCGUUGCCAUUGCUCAGGACCUACUAGCACGAGACGAGCAUAAUGCCCUCAGCAGAUCACUCCUCGUGGUUGGGGAGUUGCGAAAGUGGUACUACAAAAGCAAGCGCGAAAUGUCACACAAUACCGUGCCUAACGAGCCCAGUCUGAGCCAAGAGUAUUCCGAACCUAUUGGAUCUUGCAUGGAGAUUUCAAGUCACCAGAUACUUGAGACUCGAGAACCUAAUGGAAAGACGGAAUCUAUAGUUGCAACCCAACAGACUUUUGAUGACUUCGAGAUUCCACUCUUCGGCGCGGAAAGCUCACACAAUUGGUCUUUUGACGAUUUGGUCAAUGUCGACAUGUUCAACUUUAUGUAG